UCUUUUCAAUUUUUUUAACAUCAGAAUUCCAUGGCUUCUGGAGGAUCCAAAUCAGCAGCCUCAGUCCUCCUAAUAGUCAAUCUUGUUCUGUAUUUCAUUGCAACUGCGAUCGCUGUAUGGGCUGUAAAUCAUGGGAUUCAAAGAUCUCGCGAGACAGCAUCUGCUUUGUCUAUUUCGGCACGCCUUUUUCCGAUAUUCAUGCCAAUCGGAAACACGGCGACCGGUUUCUUUGUGAUUUUCUCCCUCAUUGCCGGCGUUGUGGGCAUGGCCACCUCACUUGCUGGACUUAACGAUGUUGCUCAAUGGAAUGCGCCCAACUUACACGCAGCAGCAUCCUCUUCUCUUGCAACUUGGGCUCUCACUCUACUGGCCAUGGGAUUAGCGUGUAAAGAGAUUCAACUUGGUUGGACAGAUUCAAACCUGAGGAGUCUAGAAAUCAUCAUCAUAGUUGUGAGUGCGACACAAAUGUUUUGUAUGGGUGCUAUACAAGUUGGAGUUGAAGAUGCUGUUGCACAACAAAGAGGCCACCCUUGAAGACUCUGAGCUCCAGUCUGCGACAAUACUUAACUAUCUGGCGAUUCCCUUUCAGAAAAGUUGCAUUUUCUGACUCUGGUUCUUUGGGAUGAUUUCCUUCAAUUCUUUGAUGUUUCAGUUUUUUCAGAUGAGAGUUUCAGGUACUUGUUGCAUGUCCAUUGUCUUUUUGGUCUUAAUUUUGAACGAGUUAAUUAAGUCAUGUGUUCCGACAGAUAAAAUCAAUAGGAUUGAAGAAAAUAAAACUUCUUCCAUAUGCAUCUAUAAAUAAGACU